UUGUGCUUACGUGGAGGCGGAAGUGUACUUCCCCCGGUCUUCCGGGUUGUAGUUCCGGCAGCCGCUGAAGUUGUUUGGGACGUGCGAUGGCUGAGGCUCACGCUCUGCCUCUCCGGGUCUCGGAGAUCAAGGACCCCGCGGUUCUCUUCGAGCGCUACAACACGGAGCAGAUCCGCCAGGUCGAGCGCAAAGUCCGCGGGGAGAUCGAGCAGAAGAAGGAGGAGCUGAGGCAGAUGGUGGGGGAGCGCUACCGAGACCUGAUAGACGCCGCCGACACCAUCGGAGAGAUGAGGCAGUGCUCGGAGAGCGUCGUCCAGUCCAUCCAGGACAUGCACCAGUACUGCCACCGGCUGAAGCAAGGCAAAGCCUGUGUGGGCAGCAGCAGACAGGAGAGCCAGAGGCAGUGGCAGGAGAAGUUCUACACCACGGCCUCCCAGAUCAAGCUCCUCUUGGAGAUCCCAGAGCGCAUCUGGAGCGCCAUGGAGGCGUCCCACUACCUCCAGGCCACUCAGCUGUACCUGCUGUGCUGCCACCUGCACAGUCUGCUGCAGCUGGAGGCCGCUAAAGGGGGCCACUACAGCCCCGUCCUGGCCCGCUUCCCCAUCCUUGUCCGGCAGGUGGCCACAACUGGACACUUCAGGUCCACCAUUCUCCUGGACAGCAGGUCUCUCCUGCGGGGACGGGCGGUGUCGGACCAGGCCAUUGCUGAGGCCCUGGUGUCCACCAUGCUGCUGGAGGACAGCUCGCCACGGCAGGCCCUUGCCGACUUCUUGCUGGCCCGGAAAGCCUCCAUCCAUCAGCUCCUGAAUCAACCACAGCAUGGUGCGGGGAUCAAGGCUCAGGUGUGCAGCCUGGUGGAGCUGCUGGUCACCACUCUGUUCCAGGCCUAUGCUGUCUUCUACCUGCCCCCAGAGGGAGGCCCCAGGCCGGGAGAGGGAGCCCUGGGCUGUGGCCUGCUUUUCUCUAUCCUGGAGAAUGUCACCUCCACCUCACCUGCAGCUAAAGGCAGGAGGGUACUGCAGGAAGAGACGAGUACAGGCAGCUGGUUCAAGUUCCUGCCGCCCUCCAUCACUGAGUUCCAGCCCACCCUGCGCACCCUGGCUCAGCCGAUCCAGAGAGAGCAACUUCGCGACACCUUGAAGCAGUGGAUCGAUACCUGUAAGGAGGACAUUUGCCGCGGUGUUGGCAGCCUCCUGGUCUAUGUGAAGAGCCUGAAAGGGUUGGCAGCCAUUAGAGACGCCGUGUGGGACCUCCUGUCCACGGACUCCAUCAGUCAGCACUGGAGCACUGUGUGCCAGCGGCUGCUGGAGCGCCCCCUGGCUGUCUGGGAUGACUUCCUACAGCAGCUCUUCCUUCAGCGGCUGCAGGCCAUCACCAAAGAAGAAACUGAAGCCAUCUCGACGAGCUCUGUCCAGCUCCUCACGUCAGCCGUGAGGGAUCUUGAGGGCCAGACCAUCGAUACUCAUUCAGGCACCCACCUCGGCCCCGGUCGCGGGGCCCAGUACGAGGUAGAUGUGGCCUCCUUCCUGUGGUCGGAGUCUCCAGGGGACCUGCCGAGUGAUGCGGGCUGGGUCAGCGUGUCCCAGAGGGGGCAGCAGCACCAGAGGAGUAGCCUGGCCAUGAAGACCCAGGCCCUGACUCCCUGUGUUCAAAACUUCUGCUCCUCCAUGGAUGCUAAGCUAAAGGCUAGGUUGGAUGACCUCCAGCACUACCUCCCCUCCCAGGACACAGGUAAAGGGUCUGACUCCGUCUCCGUCACCGUCACCUCCUCUGGUCCCGCGGAGAGCUCGUCAGCAUCCUCCUUUAACCGCUUCACAGACUCUCCGGCUGUGGAGGAGGCUCUGCGUGAAGGCUGCCUGGCCUGUGUCCGCCACAUCCUCUCUUCCAUCCGCUCUGAACUGGCCGCAGCCUCACCGGACCCCGGCCCCGCCCGCCUCAGCUCGGUCCUUUUCAUGGCGAGGCUGUGCCAGUCCAUGGGUGAACUCUGCCCCAACCUAAAGCAUUGCAUCCUGGGAAAACAGAGUGGGCCAGACGCCGCGGUGAAGGGGACCCCCAGACAGGGCAAGAAGCUGGGAAAAGCCAGGGCGGCCACAGAGGUCAGCCCCGCCCAGGCCAAGUGGGCGGGGCUGAGAGAGGAGCUUCUCAACUGCAGCAUGGAGGCCUACCGCAUCUGGAGCUCCGCCCUCUCCAAGGUGCUGCUGGAUAAGUUCAGCACGGUGCUGCAUGCUGAGUCUGCUGGCGACAUCCUAACAACAGCAACCAACUGGGAGGAUCUUGAGAUCCAAGAGGAAGCAGAGUCCGGGAGCAGCGUCACAUCGAAGAUCCGUCUUCCGGUCCAGCCAUCUUGGUUUGUGCAGGCGCUUCUUUUCCAGCUGUGUGUGGAGGUGAACAGGGUGGGGGGCCACGCUCUGCCCCGGCCCACCCUGCAGGAGCUGCUGCAGGCCUGUCUGUCCCAGGCCCUGCAACACUACCACAGUAUCACACAGCAGGCCCGCAACAGGGAGGGUGUGUUCCCCAUGACUCAGAACAGAGCCUUGCAGCUGCUUUUUGAUCUUCGUUACCUCAACACCACGCUGAGCAGCAGACACGAGGAGGGCAAGAGCUCCCGGUCCCACCAAGACCCCAGAUUUCACGAGGUCUGUGAUUGGCUGGAGAGCUUCAUUGACCCGUUUGACCUGGACGUAUUCACUCCUCCACUCAACUCCAACCUCAACCGCCUUUCCCAGAGGACCUCGGUGCUGCUCGGGCUGCUAACGGGCUCCGAGAAGCAGUUUAUGUCGCGGAGCAGCACAAUGAACUCCCAGGAGCCUUAUAACAUCCUGCCACUGGCCAGCAGCCAGAUCAGGUUCGGGCUGCUGCCUCUCAGCAUGUCAAAUGUGCGUAAAUCCAAGUCGGCCUCCAGGAGCUCCGAUGCUGCUCACCAGCUGGCACCUCCAUCCUCCACAGUAGACAGUGGGGACAGCUUCCGGCCAGGCAGCCUGUUCAGACAGCUCGCUGAUCAGGACGAAGACACAGCCGCUCCUUCUCUAUUCAAACUCAGCUGGCUCUCUGGCAUGGCCAAAUAACUCUUUUUUUUUUUUUUGCUCCAGACUUUUUAUUUGCUUUUGCAGAAACUUUGUAAAAAUGACGUGUAUAGUAAAUAUAAUUUUGUCUUUUGA